AACAGAAGGCCUCCGGAAAUGGAUGGUGCAGCACGGUGGGGAUGGCUGGGUGGUGGAAGAAAACAAGUCCACCGUGCCUGGGGCUCCUUCACAGACCUGCUUCGUGUCUUCCUUCAGCUGGUGUCGCAAGAAGCAGGUCUUGGACCUGGAGGAGGAGGGUUUGUGGCCAGAACUGCUGGAUAGUGGCAAGAUUGAGAUUUGUGUCUCUGACUGGUGGGGAGCCCGACAUGACAGCGGCUGUAUGUAUCGACUCCUUGUCCAACUUCUAGAUGCCAACCAGACCGUCCUGGAUAAAUUCUCUGCUAUGCCUGAUCCCAUCCAGCAGUGGAACAACAAUGCUUGUCUUCAGGUCACCCACGUGUUCUCCAACAUCAAGAUGGGCGUCCGCUUCGUGUCCUUUGAACACUGGGGCCAGGACACGCAGUUCUGGGCCGGCCACUAUGGAGCCCGUGUGACCAACUCCAGCGUGAUCGUGCGGGUCCGGCUGUCCUAGUCGAGGGCUAUCCUUGCACCACAAGCUGACUGUGCCUUCCAGGAGCUGGGACCAUUGGCCGGGACUUCUCAUUAACCAAGGCCUUGUACCUCCCUGGCAUCCUGGGAAUCCUGGGUCCAGUGGAGGGUCCUGCUAGACCCCCUCUUUGGGUUCCAGAAACUGCUAGAAAGUUCCUCCAUCAGAUCUACCUACUGCUGGCUGCUCUAGGGGAGCCCCUGUUCUACUGAGUGGAGACCACAGGUGAGCACAGGGGAAUGCUGGUCCCGCAGAGGACCCCUGGCUGUUGCCCUGGAGGCCCUCUGGUUCAGCCCCAGUCCCCUCUGCCCUUGUCUCCUAGUUCUGCUUCAGGGGCUUUCUCGGUCCCUUCAAGGAAGCCCUCUCUCCAUCUCUGAACUAGCAUCUCAUCCUUAUGGCUGGGAAAAUUCCAGCCCCCUUGGGUGGUGAACUUAACCUCCUGAGACUUCGAGGCUGGGACCACUUCUCGCAGCUGAAAGCCAGCUAGCUAAAAAAGUGUUUGGAGAUAGAUGAUUCUGCCUGCUCUGACUUCUCUGAAAAGUGAGGUGAUCCCCUGAGCCCAACCUUGAUCCUCAAGGACCUCUGUAAUUGUGUGGUGUAUGAGAUGAUUUUAUUUUGAUUUUUUUUCAAAUAUUGAGAGAAUAAUUAUUAGCAACAUCUGUCUGCCAAUCAUAUGCAAUAAAUUUAUUAUUUUGC